AUGCAGGUGUAUAGAGAUGAUGCGUCUCAGAAUCUGAAUGCAUUCAACAUAUAUCAGGCACAUUCGGGAAAAUUUAGAUAUGUUAAAAUGAAUGAAGGAGACGAAUUCAACUCAUUUGAGGAGUUUCAAGACAAACUACUACAAUGGUCUGCAACUACAAAUGUGAUUUGGGUUAAAAGCCACAGCAAAACUGUACAAAGUGCUAACAAGAAACUAUCAUCUAAAUCAAAAGCAUUUGACCAAAAAUUCAAGUUUAGAAACGUGCUGUACAGGUGUAAACAUGGAGGCGCACCAAGAAGAUCUGGAAGAGGGUUACGACCAAAUCAAAGUUCCUUCAAGCAAGAAUGCAAGGCAAGACUUUUCCUCUCUAUCAACAAGGAUAAGACAAAGCUUGUGGUUCAGACUUUGAUUACUGCUCAUAACCAUGAAGUUAGCAAAGAUGCUUUUAAGCACUAUCCAGAACAAAGGCGGCUAAGUGAAGUGAAGAAAAGAGAAGUAGAAACUAUGCUUCAGCUAGGUGUAAAAGUCAAGUAUCUAAAAGAGCAUGUGGAAAAACAGCAGAAUCAAAUAAUCACUCUUAAGGACCUUCACAACAUACAUCAAAAGGCCAAAAGAGAAAGAACAGGGGAAAAGUCAGAGGAAGAAUUACUGAUGGAUGAAUUACACCAGCUUUGUGAAGAUGACCCUGAUGCUGUCAUAUCAGUUCAAACUAAUAGUGAGGGGGUAUUGGAGUUUCUUCUUCUGGUAACAGGGGAUAUGAAACAGACAUUUGCCAUGUUUCCAGAGGUUCUGAUGAUUGACUGCACUUACUGCACAAACAGGUUGAGAAUGCCUUUAUUUACCCUACUAGUUGAAGAUGGAAAUGGGAGUGGCCAAACUGUGGGAUAUGCCUUUAUUACUAAUGAAACCGAGAACACCCUCUCAGCUGUCAUGACAGAAAUGUCAAGAAUUCACAAAUUAUCAAAAGUUAAAGUUGUUGUAUUAGAUAAAGAUAUGAAAGAAAUUGCUGCAGUCAAAAAAGUCAUACCAGGGGCAGAUGUUCAAUUAUGUAAAUUCCAUGUCAUUCAGGCUGUAGAUAGAUUCAUUAAUAAAUUAACAAUACCUCAAGAAACAAAAGUUGAUCUUAAAAAAUCUUUCCAAGCACUUGUAUUUUCCAAAUCAAAGUCCGCUUUCGACAGAUCAUUAGGUCACUUGGCAGCCACUGCACCUGAGAACUUCAUGGCAUAUUACAACAAGAAUUGGGGAAAGCAACAUCAAAUACAGCAUUGGGCAUACUACAAAACCAUAAAGCAAAUUAAUUUGGGAAACACGACAAAUAAUAGAAUUGAGUCUCAUAAUCAAAAAAUCAAAGAUGUCCUAAAGCGCAACAUGACUCUCCCUGAAGCAGUUAAGAACAUCAUACUACUGCACACUGGAAGAGUACAUGAAAUGGCCCACAGAGAGUUCAAUCACACAUUUAAAACUGCAUACCGUCUCGGAGAUGAUGAUGUUGUCAAAGAUGAUAUUGUAAAGCAGAUAACACCUUAUGCAGCAGGUAUCAUCAUAGCAGAAUUGGAGAAAGCUCGUUUCAGCACAUCCAAGAACAACAAAAUAUGCACAUGUCCUCUCAAAACAACAAUGCUAUUGCCAUGUAGACAUAUUUUUGCUAAUAGGAUUGAGCAAGGGGAGAGUCUUUUUCAUAUCCAAGAUGUUGGAGAGAGAUGGCAUCUGGCAUUCCAGAAAAAAAUAUGGACUAACAGAAAACGGCCAAGGACAACAUCACCUGAGAAUAAAUUAUCUUUAAGAAAAAGGUUUAAGAAGAAUCCUUCAACCAAAACCCAAAAGUUUAAGGAAAUUAUGGUCCUGUGCAAAGCAAUGGCUGAUUUUGCUUCGUCGCUGGGGACAAGUGAUUUUAAUGAAAAGAUGGACACUUUAACUAAGAUGUAUGAUGCUUGGCUAAGUGGGGGAAAAGUCAUCUUUACAACAGGUGAAGUAGAUCUAGAUGAACCAUAUCCUUUUGUGAAGACACCAGAAACACCAGUCAUGUCUCCAUCUCCAACUAGCAAGAACAAUAUGGUUCCCUCACCUUGUUCCAGUGAGAGUACAAUGUAUAAGGGAUUGGUCUUCACCAUUACCCCCAUUAGUUCUUGCAUCUCCACUUCUACAUGA